AUGGCUGCUGGACGAUUACCAGCGUGUAUUAUUGACAAUGGAACAGGGUAUACGAAACUUGGCUAUGCCGGUAACAAUGAACCUCUUUUUAUUAUACCAUCUGCAAUAGCCAUCAAAGAAAAAAUUGGUUCGCAAUCAUCAGCAUUACGCUGGAAUACUCCUGGAAGCGGUCGAAUUGAUGAUUUAGAUUUUUUUAUUGGUGAUGAAGCGUUUUCGCCAAAUGCAGCCAAUUAUUCUGUCAAGUAUCCAAUACGACAUGGUAUAGUGGAAGAUUGGGAUUUGAUGGAGCGAUUUUGGGAGCAGUGUAUUUUCAAAUACCUUCGAGCUGAACCGGAGGAUCACUAUUUUCUUCUAACUGAACCGCCAUUAAAUACACCAGAGAAUCGCGAGUUUACUGCUGAGAUUAUGUUUGAAUCGUUCAAUAUUCCUGGUCUUUAUAUUGCGGUGCAAGCUGUUCUUGCAUUAGCUGCUUCAUGGAAAAAGCGUGAUGUAUCAAAUCGACCACUUACUGGAUUGGUUGUCGAUAGCGGUGAUGGAGUAACACAUUGUAUUCCUGUUGCUGAAGGCUAUGUUAUCGGUUCUUGUAUCAAGCAUAUUCCUAUCGCGGGACGAGAUAUCACCUAUUUUAUUCAACAAAUCCUUCGUGAGCGUGAGCCAACAAUUUCAGCUGAUCAGAGUUAUGAGGUGGCGAAAGCAAUCAAAGAGAAAUAUUGUUACGUCUGUCCGGAUAUUCUUCGAGAAUUUACGAAAUAUGAUGCAGAUAUUUCCAAGUGGGUGAAAACAUAUCAGGGAAUCAAUAAUAUUACUGAAAAACCUUUUACAGUUGAUGUUGGUUACGAACGUUUCUUAGGACCAGAAAUCUUUUUCCAUCCCGAGUUUGCCAAUGCGGAGUUUACCGAAUCAAUAUCGGAAACUGUCGAUGCUGUAAUCCAGCAAUGUCCAAUUGACGUGAGGCGCGGGUUGUAUGAAAAUAUUGUCCUGUCGGGUGGCUCAACUAUGUUUAAAGAUUUUGGACGUCGUAUGCAGCGAGAUAUAAAGCGAAUUUCAGACGCUCGAUUAGCAUUAAGUGAAGAAUUGUCGAAAGGCAACCUGAAGCCAAAGCCAAUAGAUGUGCAAGUGAUUUCACAUAAAAUGCAAAGAUAUGCAGUUUAUUUUGGUGGGAGUUUGCUUGGAUCAACGCCAGAAUUUUAUCAAGUGGCUCAUACAAAAGCUGAAUAUAUGGAGAAAGGAGCUAGUAUUUGCCGCCAUAAUCCUGUUUUUGGUGCUCUCAGUUAA